AAAGGAGAGGAGGCACAAACUCAGAAGACUUAGUGACUGAGUGGGGUGACCCAGUAAAGCUGUGGGAACUUCUUGUAACAUCUAACAAAAGUCACUUCAUCAGUGACAGAGAAUACCAAGAGGACACAGUGGCCUUUGAGGCAGCAAAGAAGUGUUUUUGUUCUUUAUUUUCCUGCUGCUGGGCUAUACAUCAUCUAGGGUCUUUCUCGCUCCAUCCCAGUUGGUGCUCCGCUGGACAAGAAGCACGGGAACAGUGACUUCACAAAUAAUUGUUCCAUAAGUUUAACAUCACCAAAGAUGGAUGAAGCAGUGAAGUAUUUUUCAGAUCAUAAGGAUGACAUUAUUAAAGUAAUGGACAGAUUCCUAGAUGGAGCAGAGGCUGUUUUAGAAAUAGUUGGAGAGACUGUGCCAAUUUGCUCCGUUGCCAUAGCAGUCAUACGAUUUGCUCUAGAUAAUCAGGAGAGCUCGGAAUCUGAAUACGUUAAAAAUCAACUCCAGAAAAUCAGCGACAAACUGAAUGAUGUCUCAGAAAAUCUUACAGAUAUUCGUAAAGAAAUUGAAAAACUCGGCAUGGAUAUUAAAGUUCUCUGAAGUUGAGGAAAACAUUAAAGGACAAUUUAGGAAGUAUAUGGAAAUCUUAAAUGAAGAACCUGAGUACAGAGAGAAAAAAGUAAAACGAUUUAAGAACCACUUCAGCAACACACGUGGGGAUGGCAAUCUCCAUGAACUUUACGAGGGUGUGAUUGGGGAAGGAAGCAUUGCCAUUCUGAAAACUGUACUGACUUACUGGGAAAAAAAUCGGCGGGUUGUCGAAGACUUCUGCGCACAUUUGAAGUAUCUUUUUGUCAUUGGUAUAAGUGCAUUAAUGGUUCACACAGCCCUGGAAAAUGGAGAUGUAUCCAGGCAAGAGAAGUACUGGAGGGAGAAGAUGGAAACAGUCGAAUUGAAAAUGAAAUCUGCUGUGGAUGACUGCAUAAACAAUUUUGCAGCACAGGCAAAAAUCGAUACACAGAAAUUCCUCAAAUAUGGCUACAGUGAAGAACUUGCUGACAACCUAUUCAGUUUCUUACAGAAAAAAUAUGACUGGGUGUAUUGGGCAGUGAGAGUGUACAGUCAUUCUGAUGGCUGGCUUACAAACUUGAGAUUUGGCAGAAAAUACCACAGCAUUGUGGGGGAAACUCAUUUUGAGUUCUUUGACUUCAAUAAUUUUAAUGUUGUUGUGUCUUACUGUGUCAACCCACAGCCAAUUGAUGUGCAUAAAAUUCAGCAAACAUUUAGAGAGAGCAAAAAAAAUAGGAAUAUGUGGAAGCUAGCUGAACAUAUGCACAGUGAAGUACCAAAGUGUGUGAUCCAUGCUAUUCGACAAAACAGCGUCAUCUAUGAAAAGACCAAUUUUCCUGAUGAUUGCUAUUGUCACGAACAACAAAAAAACUGCUAUCUGUACGUGCAUUCGGCAUAGAAGUGUUUAGAGAGGCAAAUAUAAAUGCAAGCAAUCAAUGAAAGACGUUUCAUUUUCAUGCUUUCUGCAUUAUUUUUAGAGCUCAUGACAUGGCAAGAAUCACAUAAGUAUACAAUACAAAGAGGAUCACAAAAACUUUACCUUUGUUGUCGAAAUAUACUUGUCCUUUAUGUGCUUAUCAAAAAAGAAUUAAAUAAAGCAUGCAAUAAGUGUUAUCAGAUAUUUCAAAUAAAAAUAAUGCACAAAAUAAAGCUUGGGGUUUAGUGGGUGAUAGGAAGACAGAAAUGCACUUGUAGUGUGUAACGAAUGCACAUCUAACUCACAGACCAUAAUACUGAACUGUACUGCAAGUCUGAGUUUAUUAAUAUCUGUCGAAGGCGUUAGACAUUACUAUUAUGUUUAAUUAGAUUAUUCAAAUGGGACUUUAUUACAUUUCAUUUAAACUCUCUUUUGGGACACUUGUGUGACUUACAGCAAUGAUAUAUCUUCUUGUUUCUUUUCCACAUACAUUUUACUCAUGGAUUACCUGUACAUGAAUUUAGAGCCAUAAUCUUUAGCCAAA